AUGGUCUCGGCCGAUAACUUAAACCUCGACGUCCUUGAGCUCAUUUGCAGCUACUUGUCUGGCAAUGAUUUACCGUCCGUCGCGCUCGUCAGCAAGUCUUUUCUUGCCGGAGUCAUCCCAAGACUGUAUCACACCAUAUCGUAUCGGAUACGACAGCAGAAAGGGUACGAAACAGGAGAAACCAUGUCCCCAUUCGCCUCUGUAAUCACCCAUCCCCAUCUCGCUGUCCACGUCCGCAACAUAGAGAUCCGCGUCGUGCCAAUCGUGAAGUCAUGCCUCCACCCGGUCUUUGUGCGUGAAUGCCGAGAAGCACUCAAGAUAUGCAAGAAUCUGCAAGUGUUUAAGUGCACGGUGGCCAAUGCGGUAGCGAUUCUCCUUCCCUCACUCGCCCACAAGACACGACUGCAAGAAGCGACGUUGUACGCGAACCUCACGACCGACCAAGCAGCAAUGCUACACAAGCUGGAGAAGCUGGAGAGCCUGACUAUCGAAUUUGCGUCAUGGAACGUUGUGGACAUAAUGCCUGCAUGGACGGGAUCAUUGACUAAGACUCUGACCUCUCUCGCGCUCUAUAUGAUUAAUGAACUACACGAGGACAUUUUGAAGUCGAUUUUGACAAAUUUGCCGAAUCUGCGGGGAUUGCAUGUAGUUGGUUGCCCUAAAGCCGACCAUACCGUCAUUUUUCGACAAAUUGUGCAUACACCGUUGGUAGAGACACUAUCAUUAACCACUUCGGAAAACACCGCCCCGUUGACAUUUCCGUCCCCUCCAAUGCGCCAUUUGAAACAUCUUGCUUUUGAUACACGAUACAGCAUGCAACCUUCUCCCUCUCCAGCGAUCCUUGGAUCCAUCUUGGCACACAUUCGUUUAUCUGCACCCCCUCUGCAAUCGUUCACCAUCAAACUUCCAGAACGGAAAGUUGUUGUUGGCGACCCCUUCAUCUCGCAAUUGGUGGAACACUAUGGUUCUACCUUGCGAAGAUUAUCCUUCCUCGACUGUGGUGUUAGCCAGGAAUCGAUAGCCGAAAUCUGCAAGAAUUGUGUCAAUUUGCAACGACUCGAUGUAUCAAUUCCAAUGAAAGAAUUGCUACCUUUUACCCGAAACCUUUCCCUCUCAAAAACGCUACACACGAUUGUCGACGUCGACAACCACGUUGAUCAUGGCAUGCGUCCAACCCUGAAGCAAGAGAACGUCCGCUACAUGAUGUCAGUGGGUAGCAACCUGAGAAAGGUCGUGUCUAACCAUCGCAUCUGGACGGGUCGAUUAGAUCCGGUCCAGGGCGUGGUGGUAACGCUUGAGAAGCGCCGGUCUCAUUCGUAUGGAUCUCUGUGGUUCAUGCCUCGGGAUUAA